ACUCAUUACACUGGUGACAGACGUGGGACGAGCAACGAGCACGUCGAAGUGGAGCCAUCUCCAUCUCAAGCCAACAGCAGCACAGUUUGGGCCAAACGACGCCCGGCGGUGCUGCCGGAUUGUUUCACAGGCGACCCUGAUCUGCGAUGGUGUGAUUGGCUAGACGACUUUGAGCUACACGCGGAGGUGAACGAGUGGGACGAUACACAACGGCGACAAUAUCUUGCUGUACGGCUAAAGGGCUACCCGCGUGAACUCUACAGGUCACUUACCGCUGAGGAGAAACCUUCGUAUGAUUCGUUGAAAUCGGCUCUAGCCUCUCAUUUUGAACCUCUGGACCAAUCGGAGCUUUACCGCACGGAGUUCAGGGCAAGAACCAAGAGGGACGACGAGCGACUUCUCGAGUUCGCCAUGCCACUUCGCACAUUGGCUUCCCUCGCUUUUCCAAAAAUGGCGCCUGCACAAAGAGAUCUGCUGUCGCGCGAUCAAUUCAUCGAUGGCCUGACUGAGGAUGACUUCCGCAUACGCGUUCGUCAUGCAAAGCCAAAGUCGUUGGACGAUGCAGUCAAGGCCGCCCUCCAAUUAGAAGCAAUCACUAGGUCGGAAGCCAAACGUGGUACGGAGGAACGGGCAGUGAAGUCAUCCUCAGCGAUUCCAGGAGUCCGUUUUCACGAACAGCUAGUCACGACGAUGAAGGAAAUGACCGCCGCCUUGCAGGGAGUCUCCGGGGACAAGCCUCGCGACUACCGCGCAACCAGAGGACGAGGGCAGCGAGGCAACGAAGGCAAAGGGCUAGCCAGCGGACUUCGUAGGACUGUAGAGUGCUGGAGAUGUGGGGGGAUUGGUCAAUACCAAUCGCAGUGCCCUUUUUUUAGGCUGUAGCAGAUAGUAAACGUAGCAAAUGGAAUACACCACGACCACAGUAUUCAGGUGUCCAUGUUGAUUGUGAUAGACAACCGCCAAGUGCAGUAGUAGGAACAAACACGUCAACUGAUGGUCACGUGGUGUAUGUAGAGGCUAGAAUUGCCGGACCGCAAGAACGCUGCUUAGUGGAUACAGGAGCAGGUGUUUCUAGUUUACCCGAGUCCUUC